UAAUCAAAAUCCCCUUUCUCUCUCCUCGGAUCUUAUAUUACUCACCACGUACGUCUCUCUCUCUUCCAUGUCCUCUUCUCGCUAGCUAGUAAUCCUCACACGAAACAUCAAUCCUGCGCAUACGAAUGCGAAGAAGACGACACGCAUAAGCAAAAGAUAAGUGAAUAAAUACUAAUGGAUUCAUCAUCUGGUAAAAGAGCUCCUAUUCCCAAAAAGGGAUCUGGUCUUCAGUUAAAGAAUGAUGGAAACAUGACUGCUCGAUUCUGUAAUCGUUUAGGUUGUCAUGGUAGGCUAAAUCAUACCGAAGUUCCCACCAAUCGGAAAACCAAAGUGGGAAGUUCCACUAGAACUUCUUCCAUGGAAACACCAUCCAGAAAGGAAACAUCUGAAGCUAGUAGUUCCCAGAUUUGCUUAGCUGAAGUGGUUGUAGCAGAAUCUCAGUCUCAAUCAAACAAUAGUAAUUCUAGAAAGAUUAAGAUGGGGGAAAGUUCGGGCAGCUCAAGUGCAUCAUCAAGUGGUAGGCCUCAUAAGUUGUCUAGACAAAGAUCUGGGAAGAGCAGUCAGGAAAGUUCAUCAGGUUUGUCUGUUUCCUUAUCAUCUAAGAGUUCUUCAAGUAGUGGAGAAACCAUUGAUGAUAACACAAGAAACAAAGAUGUAUUGAAAAAGCAGAAUCCCUCAGCUUCGGGCAAGAAGGUUAUUAGUAGACCCACAACUGAAGGAGGCAGUGGUUCUGUAACGGUUCCUUCUAAUGGAAUCUCCAUCUCUGAUUCAAGACAUCAGCCUCGGACUAGAAUAAACCGCAACAAUAGAACCAACACCAUUGCUCCAAGAGUGCCAGUUCCUAGACCAUCAUCUAGAUCAGGAGGAUCAUCUACAAUAACUGGAAGGGAGGUACAUGGGGCACAUGAGAAUUUUGGCCAAGGUGAAGGGAUAUUACAACAUUUAUGGGAAAUGGAGCAACAGUUAUUUCGAGGUCGCAUGGGCUUAUAUGAUCAGCACAGAGACAUGAGACUUGACAUUGAUAAUAUGUCUUAUGAGGAUCUUUUAGCUUUAGAAGAAAGGAUUGGAAAUGUUAGCACAGGAAUAGAAGAAGAACAUAUGUGGAAGUAUCUCAGGAAAAGGAUCUAUCAGCAUAAAUCUUCUUCUUCUUCUUCACAUUUAGAUCAUGAUGAAAUCCAAUGCAGCAUUUGCCAGGAAGAAUACAUGAAUGAAGAUGAAAUAGGAUCAUUAAAUUGCAAACAUUCAUAUCACUUGACUUGCAUUCAUCAAUGGCUAAAAAGAAAGAAAUGGUGUCCUAUUUGCAAAGUUGAAGCAGUUCCUACUAGCCUUUCUUCUUCCCUUUCUUGCUGUGAUUGAAAAAUUAGGAAUCAAAUGUUUUUUUACUACUUUAAUGGUAAAUUCUUUUCAUUGACAUUUUUUUCACAAAACUAAGGAAAGGGGUAGGAUAGUCAUUUCAGUAUUGAAUACCUUUGAACUUUAUUUGUUUUUGUUA